AUGCAAAACAAUCACUCCACUGUGGCUUUGGACAACAAACCUGUCGGCGGGGUGAAAGCCGGAAAGGCCUUUUUCAGUCGCAAAGGCAACAAAUUGAUCAAGUCAAUCAAGUUUUGGUCCGCUGAGGAUCACCUGGUGGCUGUUGAGAUUGGCUGGCACGAAGACGACUUGACCGAGAUCCAUGGAGAUACCUCGGAGGCGACCGCAUUGAAGUCACUCAGCCUUCAAGGGGGCGAAAAAGUAAAGCAUGCCUCUCUCUGGAAAACAAAAGGAGGGGACGCAGUUGCGUAUAUUGAACUGGAAACAGAUUGUAUUCAGUACUUUGCGGCGGGAACGAAACCGGCAGACGUGAAUCCUGUCAAGGAAGAUGUCGGCAAUGGAUAUCUAGCCGCCCUGACUGGCACUGUCGGCAAGGAAUUAAGCUCCCUGGGGCUUUUAUUCCAGUCGAGUGAAGUAAAGACAGGGCAGAGGAUACUGAUCACGGGAUUUUCGGAGCAUCCAUCGGUAGACGAUAUCCGCUCCGUCAUGUCGUUUACGGAAACGUAUAACAAUUUGACAGACGGGCCCGUCGACUGGAACUUUACCAAGACCAAGCAAUAUACCUCCACCCAAGAGAGUGGAGGAAAAGCCACAGCGAACAAUUUGGGGUUGUUGCCUCUGUCACUGGAGGCUUUCUUGGAAUCUCGUUUGGCGGCGGUGCUUCUUGGUCUGUUUCAGACACUGAAGAGCACGGAAGGUCCUGGUCUGACUCGUCUACUUUCAACUGGGGAACUAGCAGGACCUUGA